UACGCGCGAGGUCUCGUGUCGAGGAACAUACGCGUUUUGUAUAACCGUUGCGUAAACGUAAAAUUAUUCCAAUUGAUUUAUUCCAGCGGAAAAACACGCCGUUUCUUCGAUACAUUGCGGCAGAAUGGUAAUGGUUAGUGGAUUAUUGCGAGGAUCUGCAACCAAUUCAUCGAAACAAUUGUAUAAGUAUUUAAUGCGAGAAUGCCGCAAGCUUCCUCGGGGUGCGCAGGAAUAUUAUAAACACUCAGUCAAACAAAGCUUCAAGCAACACGCAAAUGAACCAGACGCUGAACGGGUCAAAGAAAUCAUAGAGAAAGCUUACGCAGACUCAAAAUGGAUUAUGAACAAGUAUACCAAGGAUUCUGGACAAGCCUAAAGUGACGUUGAAAACUAAUUUCAUCCAUCCACUUUGCCCCUUGUUUAUAAUAGCGAGCCAACAAUCUUGAUAGGAGUAGAAAGAUGAAUUGUGAAUCAGUAGUUUCUCACGGCAAUGUUGAUACCUGCGAGUUCUGGAAGGCAGCAAAAAUAUGGCUCGACAAUGCUCAUGUCGUGAAUCGCAGAAUAUUGACAGCCAAAAAAUUACUUUUUCUCCAGUUAAAUGCCGACAUUGAAUCUAUGUGUUCAUCUGAAUGGUUCGAGAAACUGGCGAGUGUUGCACAACUGUACAAGAAUUGUCCAGCCCCUAGCAAAACAGAUCAUUCACUAGCAUUGGAGUUGGAGGCAUCGUGCAGUGAAUUCUUGAGUGAUGGACUUGAUGAUCCCUUAAACAAUGGAUCGUAUGUAUGCCUUCAAAAAUUACUUCCUCGUAACCCAGAGAAAUUUUCCCAUACACUAAAUUUGGCAAUCAUUGACAAAGCAAAUGGAAGAAUCACCUUUUUUUCUCAUUCCAUUGAGGAGUCUAAGCAAUCUUUGGGACCCAAAUGGUCCUACAGGUUAGAACACGAUGCAGUACUUUGUAAACUUUCACUGUAUGUUGAUGGGAAUGAAAACGUCUGCAAAGAUUCAAGCUUUAAGUGGCUGAAGGACCAAUUUUUUCCACGUUUUGUCAAGUGGGCAAACUCCGAUAGCCCUGGUAGUAGUCUGAUAUCAGGCUCCUUGAAUUUAAUUUCUGCUGAGAAAUAUGCAAUUUUGUACAACAAGUUAAAAUUAAAAUAUGGCACUGCAAUGGUUAAAAUCUGGCCCGAAAAUACUGAUUCUGCAAAGUUUGUCUACGAAGAUGUCGCCAUCGCAACUUAUCUUUUGCUCAUAUGGGAGAUGGAAAGAACGAGGAGAAAUGUUCAGGAGAAGCAAUCGUUUGUUGAUCUUGGUUGCGGCAAUGGUUUGUUGGUACAUAUAUUGGCCAGCGAAGGGCAUCCAGGGCUCGGUAUCGACCUACGAAAGAGGGGAAUUUGGGAUUUAUAUCCUAAAAGUACUCGCUUGGAGGUACGCACAAUAGUACCUUCGGCAUCAAGUCUUUUUCCUGAAACCGAUUGGCUGAUAGGAAAUCAUUCAGAUGAAUUGACUCCAUGGAUACCUGUCAUAGCUGCACGGAGUUCUCAUCAGUGUCAAUUCUUUCUUCUACCUUGCUGUGCCUACGAGUUUAAUGGACGAAAAUACCAGCGAGAUAACGCAGCUAAGAGUCAAUACUUCGAAUACAUGAAUUAUAUAAAAAAUGUUUGUGAGGAAUGUGGUUUCAAAACUGACAUGGAUAAACUAAGAAUUCCAUCCACAAAGAGAAUUUGUCUAAUUGGUAGGGACAGGAUAUAUACUAAGGAUAGAACAGAUGUACAAGAAGCUGCUAUUCGGGAAUUAAUCGAUGCCAGGUCAAACGGUAGAAAAGAUAACAUAACGGAUUCUUCUGAUCCAUCUGAUCAAAAUUUGUGGUCAGCAGGUUUUAAGCCUAGAGAAAAUGUAGAACGAGUAAGAAAUUGCACUAAGAUUAACAAAGGAAUAAUUUCUGACAUAGUUAACUUAGUAGCGGAACGACUGUUGUGCAAAGUUCGGAUGAUAGAUAUACAAUCGUCAAACGAAAAAUGGAAUGCUGGGGGUCAGAUAGAAUUAAGCGAAGUUGCGCAACUGUUGUCUCAAGAAGCGUUGAAAGAAAUGAAGAGUGAAUGCGGAGGCGUACAAACGUUAUUGAAAAAUAAUAGUGAUAUAUUUCAAGUGAUACAGGGAAAGGUUCAGUUUCGAGUACCUGGAACAUGUACAGAUGUAACGCGGAAAAAAAAUAAGCGAAACAAUUCUAAAUUUGCAAAGAAGACAAAGCCUUGUUGGUUUCACUUGAAUCACCCUAAUGGAUGCCCGCUUAAUGAGGAGAUAUGUUAUUACAAACACUGACUGGAAAUAAACAGAACCAAUGUAUGUGUUUUCUUACUUAUUAACAUGAAAAAUAUCACAAGUAAAUUAGGUAUUAUAUGCUGGUGAGUUGA